AAACCCCCGGUGGAAAACAUAACCUAAAAAUUGUUUUUUUUUAUUCGAAAAACCAAGAAGACCCCUCGGACGCUAAAAAGAAGUAAACCGGUUAUUAUUUUUCAUAAUUCUUCGUAAUUUUUUCCAUAAAUUGUGAAAAAUGGCAAAGAAGCAUGUGCCUUCAGAAUGGAGAAAACGAAUAAAAUCGGAAUACAUGCGUUUGAGAUUAAUGAAAAGAUAUAAACGUGCGGAUGAAGUGAAAAUAUCAUGGAAUCAAAAUCGCAAACUUCUCAAAGAUUUUCUCAAUGAAAAAAAUAAGGAGUGGACCGAUAGUAGUGCAAUGUGGUUUGCUCUACAGGAUAUUCCUCCUCAAUCGUUGAGUAAAAAAAAGGCAGUAAUCACUAGUGACGAUGGCGAAACUCAAUCACUUAAUAUUAAAAUAGUAAAGUCCGUGUCGCCGAUUCCAACGGCUUACACAUGGGCACCGAUAAAACAAAAUUUUAUGGUCGAAGAUGAAACUGUUUUGCACAAUAUUCCAUAUAUGGGAGACGAAAUUCUCGACAAAGGUGAUACGUUUAUUGAAGAGCUUAUUAAAAAUUACGAUGGCAAGGUACAUGGAACUGGAGAUGCAAAUUUCAUGGACGAUUCAAUAUUUUUGGAUUUAGUUAAUGCUUUAUUGACUUAUGAAAAAGAUGAGAAAGUGACGGACGAUCAGAAAAAGGAGAAGGAUAAAGAAAAUAAGCCAAGUGAUAAUGACUCUAAAAGUUCAUCUAAAGAAUUAGCAUCAUUUCCAUCGAUGCAAAUAUUUAAUGCAAUUGCUAGUGUAUUUACCGAUAAAGGAAAACCUAGUGAAUUGAAAGCAAAAUAUAUAGAAUUAACACAAAGAAAUAAUCCAAAUGCAUUGCCACCAGAGUGUACACCAAAUAUGGAUGGAGUUUAUGCGAAAAAUGUUCCAAGAGAACAAACAAUGAAUUCUUUUCACACUCUCUUUUGCCGACGAUGUUUCAAGUACGACUGCUAUUUACAUCGCAUUGAGUUUCAUCAGGAGCCAAAUCUUCAAAAACGAAGAGGUUCCGAUAUGAGAAGAUUUACAGAGCCUUGCGGUUCGGAUUGUUACAUGAAUUUAGAGGGCGUGAAGGAAAAACUUGCAGCUCAAGUUGUUGAGAUUAAAGAAGAAGAUGUGAAGACAAAAAGACCAAGAAAAGUCAGAAAACAAAUGAGUGUUGACUCGGGAAACGAAGACAGUGACGAAAGUAACGACAGUAAACAAAGUAGUCGAAGUAGUUCCCAAGACUUCAAGUUGAACGUGAAUAGAAAUUCAAAGUCGGAAAAAUUACUCGACGAGGGACGGCAAUUAAUUAAUUUCUCACCAUUUUCAUUGGAUUUAAAGGAGAAAUGUGACGAGACGAAAAAAAGUGAUGUUUGGACUGGUUCGGAACAAAGUUUCUUUCGUGCAUUACAUAAAGUAUUUCCCGGCAAUCCUUGCGCUCUUGCACAAGUAAUAUUGACGAAAAGUUGCACUCAAGUUUAUCAAUUUUCGCAAAAAGAAUCCACCGAAAUACCAAGUGAAGAGAGUUCCGAGGAUCUCACACCACCGCGAAAAAAGAAAAAGAAACAUCGUCUCUGGUCAAUGCAUUGCCGUAAAAUUCAACUUAAGAAGGACUCUGUUGCAAAUCACGUGCACAAUUAUUCUCCAUGCUCACAUUCAGGACGUCCUUGUGAUAAAUCGUGUCCCUGUAUAAAGGAUCAAAAUUUCUGUGAAAAAUUUUGUGCGUGCAGUAGCGAUUGUCAAAAUCGUUUUCCUGGCUGUCGAUGUAAAGCGCAAUGUAACACAAAACAAUGUCCAUGUUAUUUGGCAGUGAGGGAAUGUGAUCCAGAUUUAUGUCAGGCCUGCGGGUCGGAUCAAUUUGACGUUGCAAAAAUAUCGUGCAAAAAUGUUAGCGUUCAACGAGGACUACAUAAACAUUUGCUGUUGGCUCCAUCGGAUGUCGCCGGUUGGGGAAUUUUCCUCAAAGAAUCGGUAGCGAAAAAUGAAUUCAUCUCGGAAUAUUGUGGCGAAAUUAUCAGUCAGGACGAAGCCGACAGACGUGGCAAAGUCUAUGAUAAAUAUAUGUGCAGCUUUUUGUUCAAUUUAAACAGCGAAUUUGUUGUUGAUGCAACUAGAAAAGGAAAUAAAAUAAAAUUUGCAAAUCACUCGAUAAAUCCAAAUUGUUAUGCUAAAGUAAUGAUGGUGAAUGGUGAUCACAGAAUUGGAAUUUUUGCAAAAAGAGCAAUUCAACCGGGUGAAGAAUUGUUCUUUGAUUAUAGAUAUGGACCAACGGAACAAUUGAGAUUCGUUGGAAUUGAACGUGAAAUGGAAUUUAUAUAAUAAGUCAAAUAUUUUUUCACUCGACUUAAAUGUAUAUUUAAAUCAAAGAUUUUGCCUUUAAAAAAUGCUGCAACAAAAUUCCUUACUCUCUCGAUAUUUAUAAAUAAGGAAAGUCUGAUUUUUUUGUACUCUAUCAAAAUAUAUCAUAUUAAGAAAUUUUUCAAUUA